CGAGGUCCUUACAAGCGAAAAAAAGCAAAUUCAGUUAGUCUGGUUCUACUCUAUCCAUCCUCUACAAAAAGUACUGUAUCACAGAGACAAACUCACCAGUUCCUGCCGUAUUUUUAGAGUACUCGCGCGUUUGUAAAUAAACAAUAAUUGAAAAAGAGGCGUGAGCACAAAAGAAAAAUAAGGAGAGAAAGAAAGCUGAACGGAUAGAGAUAGAAAUACGCAAAAAUAAAAGAAAAGUUAGGAGAGAGGCACUAUCUUUAAGACUUUUGAAUUAUCUACGGAUUGGAAUAGAGCGUAACAGAUAAAAAUGACUUUUUAUAAUAAUAAAGUCGUUAUAUUCUUGAUUUUAUUUGGAUUUGUAUUUUGUCACAAUGAGGAUGACACGUCAACUGCAUUUAUGGAAGCUGCACAGGCAUUAUUUGAAAAUAAGGAAGCAAUUGGUGGGCUUGAAGGUGUUGCGAGAGCAUUUAUGGAAUCUGGCACCGGAAAACAGGUAGGAGAUAUGUUGACAAGUCAGAAGUCAAAAUCUGACGGACUCGGCAAGAUACUUUCGGGUCUCGGAAGCAUUAUAUCAGGACAGAGUCAAGGUCAAGUUAACGAAGGAAUUGGUAUUGAUCCAAACAUAAUCGGUGAUAUAAUCGGAGGUCUGUCCUCAUUAAGUGGAGGCAGUCACAAAUUCAAGCAGUCAUGGGACAAUUCCAUCGAGAAAGACGUGUCGGAUUUUGACAUUGACAGCAUGUUGAACGUAGUUAGUGUAUUAAUAGGACAGACCGGCAAUGCCGAAAGCCUUAUGGGCUUGGUACCUAUGUUUCUAGAUACGUUCUCAAGCAAAAAUAGUAGGCAGGAUCACUCGGAUCAUUCAUGGUUUAUGCCACCUAUACUUGAGAACGUUCAUCUUAUGUGGGACCACUUCAGUAAUUCGGAAUUGGGUCAAACCUUAUGGAAAAACAGUGGUUUGGCCAAUAUCAUGGGUACAAUGUCAGAUGAAACUGGACGUCUUCAAUGGGAAAAAAUCAUGGACAGCUUUGAUAAUCCAUCUCUAAGACGUCGAUGGAUAAAUUCUCUUACGAAUUUCGUAGCUGAAUGGAUUUCACAUAUUUCGGAUCCAAUAACUCAGCAACGUUAUCUCAUCACCGCGCAGUUCGUUGGCAACAGUUUCUUGAAGUCACAAGGUUUUCCUAAAUCAGUUAUGUUUGAACCAGCUAGACCAACUAAAAGUCUUUCGAGGCUUGCUAACGCUGUAGCAAAACGACAUUUGAAUAUGCAGAUUGACAGCUAUCAAUACAUCAAGCCGGCUGUAGCUUACGUCCAAGAGCUUAUGAAUUUAGCUUCGGAGAAGGGUUUCAUUAUAUCUCGUAUUAAUGCACGCGAGCUCAGUAACAAGUUGAGUGAUUCCAUUAAUAAUGGUUUUAUAAGUCCACUUCUUAAGGCAUAUCGUGCUUAUAAAUGGGGAUUAAAGAUGCCACAUUGUGCAAGUCAAAUUCUUUGCUCAAUUAAUCAUAAAUCAACACCGACGGAAAGCAAAACAUCAAAUGACUCGUUCCGCGUCGGCUUAACAAAGAUUGCCAGCUUCCCAGCCGCUUGGGGUAUCAGCAACAAAAGUGGCCUUAGCUUCUGGUCACUUUAUGCAUCCAUUUUAGAAGCAGACAAUUGUCUUAAAAAAUAUCCAGCUGAUUGCACAAUCUUUCACGAAGAGGAAAUUCGAGUGACUACAGAGUACGCACAUAGUGAACUCUAGAAAAAUC